UUGAUCACAAUUUCAACGUUUGCGUGAUUCAAACUACUGUUGAUAACUUUUCACACUCAGUCAAAGACUCACACACACACAACCUGAUUCAGUUUCCAUCAACAGUUUAGUGAAUCAACAUCUAAGUCAUCAUAACAAUUAAAUCAUCGUCAUCAUUUCAACCAACAUCCAACAUAAACUUUCAUCAAAUAUAAAUAAUUGUAAUUGAAAAUCAUCUUGGUUAUCAAAUCCAAAGAAAAUUAUGUUCCAAUUUGAUUGAACGGUGUUUUCAGUUCUUCUAAUUGUUUACUUCUAAUUGUGAUUAUUCAUCUUCAUCAACAUAAUCCCAAUAAAAGUAAAGAUCGAAACAGAAUUUCAAGUGACCAGAGUUUAUAAAAGUUUAUCAAUGGACAGGAUCAAGUUAAAUUAAUGACUAUCUUUGAUUGUGAUUUAGUUUAAUUAAAUUAAAUUCAAUGUCAUGUUCCAAUCAGAUUGCUUUGAAAAGUUUUGGCAGUGGGAAACUUGGACGUUUGAACUUGAAAGACUUGACCAAACCCACUUUCAUUUUGAAAACUGACCAAACCUCUGAGAGUGAUGAUUCCAAUGGACAAGCGAUAAAGAUAAAAAAUGUGAACACUGAAGAUUCACCUAAUCAAUCUGAUUGUUGUCGAAUUGAAAGUUCAUCGAGAAACAAUUUAUCAAUCACUUUGAAUGACCAUGACUCGGAUUUUCAUGAGAUUUCUUCAGGGAGAAGUGAUAAAAAAGGGUCAAGUGACAAGGAGAAUGGUGAAGGUAAGAUUAGUCGAGGUUCCAGGUUAAGGUCAUCAUUGACAUCGACAGCGUUUUACUUUCGUCGUAAGCGAACUUGGCAAAUUGGAUUAAGAGGAUCAACUAGAAGAAACAAUUCAAUAGAAAACAAUACAACAACCACAACCUCUAAUCCAUGUUCACCGGUCUCAGGUAGUUCAAUUAAUCAAAUCGAUGGAGAUCAACAAUCAACAGUUAACUCUUCAUACCGUAAUCAUAAUCCAUCCCAACGGACACUUUAUUUCGCCUCGGGGUCAAGUGAUUUUGUUGGUGUCCAUUUACCCAAGUUGUCCAAUGAAUUCAAUGAUGACCAUCUUGAAAGCGGAUAUCAAAAGUAUUCCCAAAGGCAGAGGCAAAAAUCACUGGUGAUUGUCAAUCUAAUUGAUAUAAUAUUGAAAAUAUCUUUCCUCACAAUUAACCUAAAAUCAAUAAGAUCCUCAUCAAUAUCAUCUUCAAUCACUUCCUCACCACCUCCUCUCAAUGAGUAUUCCAACUUUACCAAUACUGAUUCUGCCUUUGGACCUUUAUAUGCACUUCCAUGGCUAUUGAACAAUUGUCUAAUCAUUAUAUUCAUUACCUGUUGGAAUUACUGUGCAAACAAUUAUCUUCAUAUUGCUGCUGCAUUUACAUUGGCAACAUUUAACUUGGAAGCUUUACUUGGCUUCCAAUUUGAUGAAGAUUUCAAUAGGUUACACUUACCUAAAGGUGGGAUUGUUUGGCCCACCGUGUUCAUUGUUUUUGUUACUUUUGCCAUGAUGCCGUUACCCCUUCGUUGGUGUGUCCUCUGUGGCCUAAUGACCUCCAUAUUUGAUAUAAUAUUUAUGUGCCUCACUUUCAUUUUUGAUAGUCAAGAAUCACCUUCAACAUUUAGUAGAAAGUUAACUGCAAAUAUAUUGAUAUAUUUAUGCAUCAACUUUGUCAGUUUAUAUACCAAAUAUUUGACUGAUUGUGCCCAGAGAAAUGCUUUUCUUGAGACUCGUCGAUCCAUUGAAACAAGAUACAAAAUCGAGCGAGAAAAUGGUAAACAGGAGAAACUGUUACUCUCUCUUUUACCUCGUUUUGUGGCUUUAGAGAUAAUUAAAGAUAUCGCUGAAGAGGAAGAUCACAGGAAACUGUUAUCAGCUCAAUUUCAUAAGAUUUAUAUUCACUGUUAUAAAGAUGUCAGUAUUUUAUUUGCUGAUAUUCAAGGAUUCACUGCUCUGGCAUCGAGAUGUUCAGCUCAAGAAUUGGUCCGUCUUUUGAAUGAUCUAUUUGCCCGCUUCGAUAAACUGGCUGCCGAGAAUCAUUGUCUUCGAAUUAAAUUAUUAGGUGAUUGUUAUUAUUGUGUCUCUGGUCUUCCUGAUCCUCGACAAGAUCACGCUCAAUGUUGCGUUGAAAUGGGUCUACAUAUGAUCCAAGCGAUCAAACGAGUUCGAAAAAAGACGGAAUUCGAUCUAAACAUGAGGAUAGGUAUUCAUUCGGGAGCAGUUUUAUGUGGUGUUUUGGGUCUGCGAAAGUGGCAGUUCGAUGUAUGGUCAAAUGAUGUUACCCUGGCCAAUCACAUGGAAUCGGGUGGACUUGCAGGCCGAGUUCAUAUUUCAAAAGCAACUUUAAAUUAUCUUGGUGAUUCGUAUGAAGUUGAACCUGGCGAUGGACAAUCAAGGGACAAUUACCUGAGGAAUCAUGAGAUUGAAACAUUUCUGAUCAAACGAACUGAACCAACAAACAUGAAAAGGGUGUAUUCAUCUCAUGGUGUUAUCUGUUCAUUCAAGGAUCGAAGUCUAAGUCAAGAUUCUACCUCAGUUUUCCCUGAUAACUGUAAUCCACCCAAAAGAAAUGGUAAAUGUUCAGUUAAUACCUUAGGCUCUGAACCACUGAAUUCAAUUUCAUCUACAGAUGAAAGCAAACGUAUCUUUAGUUCAUUAAGUUCACAAAGUGGUGAAGAUGAUGGAACCGUUGAAUGGACUCCAGAAAUACCCUUCGGCAAUUUUAAUGAUUUAAGAUACUCUCUUGAUGAUGAUCCAUUCGAGAUUGAUUCGGCCACCAAGAUUGCUCGAAACUUAAAUAAGGUCAAUGCAAAAGGUUUAUCAAAGGCUCGAAAAAGUGGCAAAAGUUCAGGACCCAUGGGAAUAUGCGACUCUGAAAGUCACCGGAAAGAUGAUGACGAUGAUGAUUACGUUGAUGAAAAACCAAAGAAACUUAAAGCUGAAAUAAGAUUAACGGUCAGUCAACAAGUAGAUGAACUUAUUGACCAUUCAAUUGAAAUUGAAUCAAACAAGAAGAUGAUUAAAGACAAUGUUAAAUGGUUUACAUUGUCAUUUAAAAACUCGGACAUGGAAACAAAAUUUCAUCAAACGAAAGACAGUGUAUUCAGGUCCAAUAUGCUUUGUAUUGCUGUGAUAUGGCUUCUACUUUGUGGCUCUCAACUUAUUAUAUUUUCAAGAUCUUUAAUUCUUGUUACCUUAUUCAUAAUUGGUUCACUUAUCAUGGGAUUAUCGUUGGCAAUUACCUUAUCAUCUGAGUUUGAUUGGUGUUGUAAAUCCUUUCAGAAACUUUCACAUUCCCUGGAUGAGUCUCGAUUAUUUUGUAAUUUCUUAAGCUGCUUGUUAAUUAUAAUCAUUUUUUUAGCGACUUCAUCAACAAUCUUAUUCUGUGAUUCAAUGGAUUAUCAUCUUAGCAUCAAUUCAACUGAAAAUUCAUCUUCUCCAUCUUCGCCCUGGUCCCCUGGUCUUUCAAGUCAAUGUUAUGUUUAUCGAGAGUACUUCAUUUACUCUUGGCUAUUAACUAUGGUCGCUUCAACAGCAUUUCUUAAACUUCCUUAUACCCUGAAAUUCAUCAUACUAUUCACCAUGACCUCUGCUUAUAUCAUGAUGGUUAUAUUUUUACUCAAUCAUAUUCCAUCCAUUCCAAGAGAUGAAACUAGACCGUUGAUAUUGAUUAUUUUGUACUUCUUUGUGGUCAUCUACCAUUGUCGAUUGAUCGAAAGAACUUCGAGAUUGGAUUUCCUAUGGAAAUUACAAGCUCAAAAAGAGCUUCAAGAUAUGAGGGAAUUGAGACACUACAAUACCCAAUUGCUGAAAAAUAUUCUACCUGAUCAUGUAGCUACUUAUUUUCUAACUCAUGACAGAACUUCAGAUGAAUUGUAUUCUCAAUCAUAUGCUUGUUGUUCAGUUCUAUUUGCUUCCAUACCAAAUUUUGCCAACUUUUACUCUGAAGAUAUUAACAAUGGUCUUGAGUGUAUACGAUUACUAAAUGAGAUUAUAUUUGACUUUGAUCAGCUUCUUGAUGAGGAUCGAUUCCGUUCAAUUGAAAAAAUUAAAACAAUCAGUUCAACCUACAUGGCGGCUGCUGGUUUAAGUCCUAAGGAUCAGAAUAAAUCAGCAGCUAAUCAUUUAACCUGUUUAAUUGAAUACACAUUUGCAAUGAAGGAAUCACUUGAGGAGGUUAAUAAACAUUCAUUCAAUAAUUUUAAAUUGCGAGCAGGGAUAAGCUUUGGUCCAUUGGUCGGAGGUGUUAUUGGUGCCAAGAAACCAGUUUUCGACAUUUGGGGAAAUACUGUGAAUGAGGCCAGUCGAAUGGACUCAACGGGUCAGCUUGACCAUAUUCAGGUUCCAAGAUCGGCGGCUGAGAUACUUGAAGAGGAAGGUUAUCGUGUCCAGUAUCGAGGGGCCAUUCCGGUUAAGGGUAAAGGUGAAAUGGAAACAUUUUAUGUGACGGGUAAAAAGAUCGAAAGGUCAAAAUCGUUUGGUAAACAAAACAAUGUACAGAAUAGUUUAGCUGAGGUUAUGUAUGGAAUGGUACAGGUUCGUAAGAAACAGGCCUUAGGUGCUGCUUUAUCGGUUCCAGGGCCAAGAAUUAAAUCUCCUGGACUUUCGGCAAGUCUGACCAUGAAGAAAUCUUCCCGACCUGGGCCUAAAUUGAAACGAAUGUUAUCAGAAACACCUAACACUAGAAGGAAACGAAAUCGAUUAGAAGAACGUCGAAUGACAGAAACUGGUGCUCAUUCGUUUCCCGAUGUGACAGAUUCUGAGAAAAAACCAGAACUUGAAUCACAUCCAUAGAAAUUAUCAUUGCUUAACAAAGAACAUAAACUUAAUCAUAACAUUGUAAUUCUAAAUCUAUUAUUGUACCAAUAGAAUCAACUGGUUAAUUAUUAAAAAGAAAAAUACUUUUACAUUUCCAAUCAAAUCGAAA